AUGAGGAACCCUCAGGGCUGUCUGGCAGCGUGUGUGGUCCUCGCCGUUUCCUCGGUUUUGUUCGGUGUCGCUGCGCCGUCAGAAAACGGCGAUGACGUGACUCUGAUCCACAAAGGCCAAGCAUUUUGGCUUUGUCUUAAGGGGAUUGAGGGCGUGGCGUGCGGCAGCCGGAGGGAACCCGCUCUAAACGCUGCCGGAGCGUACUGCGGGGAUGGCCUCUGCUGUCCUGAUACAAGUACCAGCAGUCCUCUAGUGUGCAAGAAAGAGCCCUGCAGCAGCUCCUUUCCGCAAGUUCCAGAUUCUUGCAGCUGCGAAAAAUUCGGGGACAUGUGCUCUGCUUUAGACGGAGCUUCUCAUUGCGUUGAGCUUUCUCUUAGCGGGCGUAUGUCAGGGGCUGCCUGCGUCUGUCAGUCCUCCUUCGUUGCAGACCAACGCCGGCAGAAGUGUGUUGCGGAUGUCUGCGCGGACGGAGCCUGCGGCCCUGCAGAUGCCGUGAAGUUUUGCUACCCAUCUAAGGUGGUGACGACUCCACUGAAUCAGACGAAGUACGAGGCCACGUGCGUGUGUGAGAUGAACUAUGUCUUUAAUGCCGGGACGAACAAAUGCGUGCCGGCUCCUUUCGAUAGGUGUGCUAGAGAGGCCCCAUGCGGCCCCGUUGAGGGAGUAAAUACUUGCCGGGAACACCCAAUAACUGGAAAGUUUAUUUGCACGUGCCGUAACGGGUACGUAUUGAAUGCGCGAGACAACAAGUGCCAGCAGAAGUGCACAGAAGAAGAAGCAGCUCUCUGCGGGCCGGCUGAGGCACACGAUGCGAAGUCUUGCUCCAUGGGGCUUGGCGGCAGGAUCUGCGCCUGUAAAGAAGGUUUUAAAUGGGAUGCGAAUUUACGAAAGUGUGUAGAAAACGAGUGCUAUUCACCUGCCUGUGGUUGGCAAGAAGGCGUGAAUGCAUGCCUCAAACUAGGUAAUAAACGAGCAUAUACAUGCUCCAGCGGAUUUCAAAUGAACGCGUCCAAAGAGUGUCUGCCGGAAUGCCUUCCAGGAUGGCGCUACAACCGAAAUCGCGAGAUGUGCGAACUUUCCACCACCAGCUGCUCGAUCAGUGACUGCGGAACAACGGAAGCAGUAGAUGCGUGUCUGGUAGACAAAGACUCGGGAAAACAAAUUUGCAAAUGCAAGGCGGGGUACGCACUGCACACGAAAACGGGGAAGUGCGUUUCUCUUCCUGCAUGCAAGGUUGACACCUGCAAAGCUUUCGGACCCGAUGCACUUUGCGUUUCCGACGGAUCUGAGGCUUUCUCUUGUCAAUGCGUUUCGAAUUUCAAAACCGUCGGAAACGAGACGACCCCUGUGAUGAAGGCUUGCGAUGCUGUUGAGUGCUCGGAUCCUUCCAUCUGUGGAAAAUCAAAGGCGGUUAUGGAAUGCAUCCAGGGUGCUUUGGCGCACCGUUGUUUAUGUGCUCCGGGUUACUCGCUGGACGCAAACACCGGGAUGUGCAUUCCUUUAGAUAUGAUGUUCUUACUUCAGAGUUAUGUUUCGGCUGGCUCUGCUCGGGUAUCUGCUACCCGUGCCCCCAUGCAUUUUACCAUCAGUGCAGCGCCUUGCCUAACGGCGGAGCUCAACGCAUUGAACAGGACGUUCGAUGUAAAGACUUACAGCAAGGCUGGAGAAACACGCACAACAAGCUUAACCUUGCCUUACCAUUCAGUCUCCCACACAGGAACGGCCUUCACGUAUAGAAUGUCACCGGCACCGGGGGGGUUUGACAUUUCGUUAGUCUACGAGCUUCGGCCGACUCAUUUCAGGCAAGUAAUGGAACAGACGUCAUUUCGGGUGUACACAGACCCAGUCGCGUGGUCAGCUGACCAAGAUGUAGGGGGUGGAGUGGACGGUGCAAUUGCUGCGCUGAUGGCAUCUGCCGGCGAUAGUCCUUGUGAAGUGAACUCCGUGAGAGUUGCCGCUAUGGGGGACGACGAUCGAUUUGAAAAUCUCACCGUUCUGUUUGAGAAGCUGCCCACAGCCGAGGCAAAGGCCCCUUCAACGGCCUCCGGUUUUCCGGAGGUGGUUCCAACCCUGUCAGACAGCGUGACCAUUGCUUUUCCUUCCCCAUCGAGGGAGGCUGAAGAGCCCCCAGAACCCGAAGCUGACACACCUCUCCCGUUUCCAGCUCCCACUGAUCCCCUACCAGCGGGACAAAUUGCGACGGGCACAGUCAGUCAUGUUGAUUCUGAAUUACGGUAG